CUGAUUGGCUGAUAGACUGGAGGAGCCAUUUUCAAAACUGUACAGGUGCCCUAAAGAAAACAAGACGUGCUAUCGGUUGAAUUGAUGAUAUCCUGAGGUCAGUUACUUGAAAACUUUACAUGACAUUGUGUUGCCGAGUCUGAUCCACCAUGAGUCAGUUCACUGAGCUGCGUGGCUUGUAUCACCUGAGAGAGACCAUUGGAUCGGGUGGUUUUGCCAAGGUGAAGUUAGCUUAUCAUGCACUCACUGGGGAGAAAGUGGCCAUCAAGAUAAUGGACAAACGUUCUCUAGGAGAAGAUUUGCCACGAGUGAAAACAGAAAUAGAAGCAAUGAAAGACCUGUGUCAUCAACACAUCUGUAAACUGUUCCAAGUCAUCGAAACGGAAACCAAGUUCUUCAUGAUUUUAGAGUAUUGUCCUGAGGGAGAGCUGUUUGAUUACAUUGUAUCUAAGGACAAGUUGUCUGAGGAGGAGGCUAGGCUAUUCUUCAGGCAGAUUGUGGCUGCUGUGGCAUACAUACACAGUCAAGGGUACGCACACAGGGACCUGAAACCGGAAAACUUAUUACUAGAUGAGGAGCAAAAUUUAAAACUCAUCGACUUUGGUUUAUGUGCAAAACCAAAGGGUGGUAUGGACUGUCAGCUGUUCACGUGCUGCGGUAGUCCUGCAUAUGCUGCCCCGGAGCUGGUGUCAGGGAGGGAGUAUCUGGGAUCUGAGGCAGACUUGUGGAGUAUGGGGAUUUUAUUAUAUGCGUUACUGUGUGGUUACCUCCCCUUUGAUGAUGACAAAAUCCCAUCUCUAUACAAAAAAAUACAGAAUGGGAAAUAUGAGACCCCUUCCUGGCUGUCAGAAGAAAGUAAAUCCCUUAUAGCGUCCAUGUUACAAGUGGAUCCCAAGAAGCGGGUUACAAUCCGACAUCUUCUCAACCACCCCUGGCUGAUGGCAGAGGUCCAGUGUCCAGUAGAGUGGCGCAGUAAAUAUAAGCGCUGUCUUGAUGAAGACUGUGUUACUGAGUUGGCGGUGCAUUAUGGGAAAACAAAGAGAGAAAUGGAAACAUUAGUUUCUGAGUUCAAGUUUGACUACCUAACAGCCACAUACUUCCUCCUCCUUGAGAAGAAAAUGAAAGGACGCCCUGUCAGACUUCUCAAUAAAAUUCGAAGCCAUGAUGGAGGCUGCAGGGAAAAAAGAAGUCACAGUGCAGAUGAUGCCGCAUGUUACGAAUUGGUGUAUUCCCCAAGACUGGCAGCAUCCGAGAGAUUAGAAUCUCCGGUCAUCCAUAACAACGAAAAAGACCUAGGGCCCCGGCCCAUGACUUACGGCGGCUGUGAGGAGAGAGGAAGAAAUAGGGCCAGGGAAAGGCUGCCGUUCUCAUCCAAAGAGGAACAAGAAAACGAGAAAAAUUCUGCAAUUACGCGACACGACAGAUCCUCUUGUAAUAAAGACGACAAAGAAAACUUUGCGGUUCCUCUGACUCCGGGUAUAAGGACUCCCAAGCCAAAGACAGCAAAGACGCCCUAUCAACAACUGAUGAUACCAGCCUCUAAACCCAGGUCACCCCUGAUAGCUAAACAGCUGGUACCCUCCUCAUUAGACGAUACAUUAUCCCCAGGAAAAUCAGACCACUCGAUGUUGAACACAACUCUCUCCCCAUCACGAUCUUAUGAUUCUCAGCUCAAUAAUCUCCCAGACCAACCAACACCACUCAAUGCCAGCAAGAGAAAACGUGUGAUAAAAUCUAACAGGGCAGCCUCCGCUGACGGUUUAGAGGGAGAUUUUACUCCAAAGUCCAGGAAAGCCUCGGUGUUCGGAAGUCUGGAAAGGAUGUUCAACAUGCUGACACCAAAGAAACAGAGCAAGUCAACGUGUGAUGGUCCGAGGAAAGUCAAGGCUUUACACAACAUAUUCCGAACAAAUGAAACCAAUUCAGAGUAUGUGUUGGGUCGACUGAAAGAGGUGGUGGAGGAGAAGUGUAUCCCGUACAAACAAAGCGAUUACACGCUUCGCUGCACAGUGAUGAGUGAUUGGUCACGUGUCCAGCUGGCCUUUGACCUUGAGAUCUGCAUACUACCCAAAGUUCCGUAUAUAGGAAUCUGUAGAAAGAGAGUGAAAGGGGACACAUGGCACUACAAGAAACUCUGUGAAGACAUUUUAGCUUCCUGUAAAUUGUAAGUCUUAUUGUGAAAGUAAAUGAAGGUUGUGAUACGACUCAUUCUACUGCAGAGCAAAAGGGAAACAGUAAUCUCGCUGUCCAUCCCCAGGCAAGGGGUGUGUCAAAAAAUAAGAGACGCCGUGAUCAUAUCUGUGAUUUUUCCUGGUUAGCUUUUCUGCAAGAUGGUGCUUCUGAAUUUCAAUCUGAUGACAUGUUAAACUGAUGUAAACAGAGACAUAGGUUUUUAUGUAGAAUCUGCAAUACGAGGGGGUUGUGAUUGUAUUUAGUGUACCUCAUUUUAUAUAUUGUUGAUACAGAAUACCCCCACACUCAACACCGUGAAUGACCUUGUGAAUUACAUGUAUAGAUCAAGUGCUAUUUAUUGGACAUUUGAAGUUUAAGCAAUGUUUGGAGAGUUUGAAUCAUUUGUGUUGUGAAAUAGAAAUGAUAUUUUACAUAUAUUUCAGGGGAUUUUUUAAUGAAGAAAAUUACAAUGCUAUAGAUAAGUGGAAUUUUUAUCCAUAAUUCAAUAGGAAUAUUUUGGAUACAAAGAACUUGGUUUACAAACAGUCCAAUUUGGCCCCAAUUCUGAAAGUAAGUUCGAACUACUUGUUAGAUCUAUGUAUAAAACUUGUUGAAAUUUCAUUAAUGGAUGAUCAAUUUACAAUGCCAUAGAUUAAAUAAAUUUCUUGUCAUUUCCUUCACCAAAAAUAACUUUUUUCUUAAAAAAGUAUGGGCCACAUUGGUUUACCUUUACCGAAUGAAGUUACGUUAUUCUUUUAUGUCUUAAACGUCAAUACAUGAAAAUAGUUUUGAUGGAUGCAUGUGGCCCAGUGUUCUAGUUGAAAUAAAACAAACAGAAACCCGAGAUGUGCAUUAUUGACAAUUUUCAUAGAAAGUGGAAAAUGUCACUAGUUUUGCAACAUUAUAUUGUAUUAAGUUAGAAUUCAGUUUGGAGGAAGAAAUAUCUUGUUUUUCUCGCUGUCUUAAUGUGGAAUAUACUGAAAUUCAGAGAAUGAUUAAAACCAGGUCCAAAAUGGCUGUUGUUGCACCUAGUUCAUCCAGUAACACUGUUUUAUUUAAGGGUAAUAAUUGUCUGCAGAAAAGAUAUUGAUCAUUUUGGAGUACACAUUUUAAUUGUAUACAUGUAUGCACAUUUUUUUUAAAAGAUUUAAAUCAUGUUAAACAUUUCUUUUUUAUGAUAGGUACAUCUUUUUUAAAUAUAAGUUUUAAUUUGUCGGAAAUUAAAGCCUGUAUAUCCAUUGUAGAUGUGAUUAUGGAUUAUGUGUGUGAUUUCUCCUCGCUAAAUUCUGUGUGUGCGAUCUCUCCUCUCUCCUCGCUGACUUUACUAUCUUCUAUUUGUAUAUACUGUCAUUAACCACACAAUGCCUAUAAACUAUGACAAAGGAGUAGGUUUACAAACGGCAUAUUUUGAUCUCAACUGAAAUGUCAAUUUACUUUAAAUUUUCUACAUUUUGCUGGUAUGACACGACAUAAAUAUAUCCAUACAUACAAAACGUUUUAUCCAUCAAUUUAAUGAAAUAAAAGGAAUUUAAACUUUGUAAAAUUUGUUAUUUCAUUCAAAAUGUUUACAAAUGUUCACCAAUUAACAUCAUCCAUUACACCCCCAGCCAAUAACCACUAUUAGUUUUAUAUAUUGAUUACAGUCAACCAUUAAUGCUCUUUACACCUAUCAAUAAAGAAUUUGUAUCGGAGGCUAGGUUAUAUAUGAAAAAAUUGAUGAAAAGUGUAAAAAGACACAUACAGUUUAUAGUGACACAGAUUAAUCUGCAACAUAAAAUUCAAAUUUACAGGUCUGAAUCGCGCCAUUUAUGAACCUACUUUGUACGCGCAAGUUGCACAUGAGGUGUAUGCAACACGAUUAAUGAUAUUACUUUCGUAUAUGAGUGAAGUACUGUAUUGUUAUUUUAUAUGAAUAAUUGAAAUAAAAAAGCAAUAAAUUGUUCAUGCAACAAU